CGUUGGUCAUAGCGCAGCUACCUGUCAAAGUAACAAUGCUGGAGUCAGGCUAUGGGGAACUGGCUAACAUUACAGACGCUUGUGACCGUAAUAGACGUUGUUGGAUAUUAAGUUUAUAAAUUCAUUUUAGUUGAUACAAUGAAUAUGUUGAUUUUUCAUGAAAGGACGGCACUGAUCCAGUCUUGUAAACGAGUUGAUUUAGUUCUAACGUUAGCUAGCGAUAAGUGAUAGGUGUGGCAAGGAAAUUAUUCUCCACAAACGACAUGGCAUUCAUUCAUAACGGAAAAAUUGACUGGUGGUAUCAGAGAUGUCCAAAAGAUUCAACAACUCACACGGUUUCUCGGCCGGGGUACACGUUUAUUCUUGGGGGACUCUUGCUGAUGCUUGCCCUGUAUCCUGUUCUGAAAACCUUGAGCAUCCAGCUGCACUCUGCCCUCACGGGGAGUUAUGUGGCUGGACACCAUUCAGUCAUCCUCAUCAACUGCCCCAAUGAACAAGUGGCCAAGGACAUCAGCAGGUCUCUAAUGGAGAGGCGCAUGGCUGCGUGUGUCAACAUUCUUCCUCGCUCUGCCACCAUGUACUACUGGAAAGGUGAAAUCCAGGACGCCACAGAGGUCCUACUGCUGGUAAGGACACGCACUUCUAAGAUCCAAAGCCUCACUGAAUACGUAAGAUCUAUCCACCCCUAUGAGAACCCUGAGGUGCUGAGUUUCCUCGUGGAGGAUGGCAGCCUGGACUACAUGAAGUGGAUCGACGAAGCUGUCCCCGAGAAUCCCUAUAUCCCAUCCUGACCCAGGGAGCCCCAGCCUGUCAAACUGACCAAUCGUAACUAAGCCCCCCCUAUCCCCAAGUUCUCCUGGAGGAUCCCGCCUGUGAAGCAGGGAAUGGCAGUGACACAGAGGAUUCCAGAACUUUUCCCCCGAUCGCAACCUGAAGCAGGAAGUCCCACCGUGUGAGCCUAGCAGUGUCACUGGCAUAGAAGAUUCCAUAACUCAACCUCUGCACCAGAGCCUUAUAGAUUGUUAUCCUCACCUGUUCCAAGUUCCAUCACGUUGCCCUGGUGAUGACUCUGCCACAGAAGGUUCCAGAACUUUAUGAAAUGAUGCAGCACAGUCGUUUGGGCCAAACUGAACUCUCCGGUGCUACUGUUCACGACAUCAUAACUGUGUGUUACCUACGUUCUCUCCAAACUUAACUGUUCAUGACAUCAUCACUGUGUGUGUGUUACCUACGUUCUCUCCAAACUUCACUGUUCAUGACGUCACCACUGUGUGUGUUACCUACGUUCUCUCCAAACUUCACUGUUCAUGA